AUGACAAAUCAUAAGGUUGUGGGGGUUUUGGCGUUGCAAGGAGGUGUCGUAGAACACUUAUCCCAUUUCAAACGAGCCGUCGAGUCCAAUCCAGAGCAAUACGGGCCAUUUCAGCUUGAAUUUAUCGAGGUAAAGACUUCAGAUCAAUUGGAUAGAUGUAAUGCAUUGGUUAUACCAGGAGGAGAAAGCACUGCGAUAUCAUUAAUUGCCGAACGAACUGGACUCUUACCUCAUUUGUAUGAGUUUGUUGCUGACGAGUCCAAGGUAAUUUGGGGUACAUGUGCUGGAUUGAUAUUAUUGGCUAAACAAGUUGAAAAUGCCAAAAGAGAUCAGAAAAUUUUGGGUGGAAUGGAUAUUAAAGUGAUAAGAAAUGCAUUUGGUAGACAGCUUGAUUCGUUUGAAUCAAAUUUGGAUUUUUCUUCUUUUAUCCCCAAUUUGAAGGAAUUCCCAACCAUUUUCAUUCGGGCUCCAAUUGUUGAUCAAAUAUUGAACGAAAACCCUAGGCUAAAUGAAAACCUCACCCAUCCUCCUGUUCCAAUGGCUAAAUUGACCGAUGGUAUCACCGUCAGGUCGGAAAAUCCUUAUAGCAAUUCAUCUCCGGUGGAAAUUCUACACCGACUUGAAAACGGGUUUAUCGUUGCAGUGAAACAGGGAAAUAAACUCGGUACUUCAUUCCAUCCAGAAUUAUCUGAAAAUUUUUUGUUCCACAAAUGGUUUCUUGAUACGUUCGUUCUUGCUAUUUGA